AUGGCAUUCAGCACGCCACCAUUUAUUAAUUUAGGAAUUGAUGCCAACACUGGCAAGUCUUAUCAUAUAUGCUCUCACAAGUCGUUGCUGUCAUUCGGUGCAAUUUUGAUGCUGCUGGUGGCCAUGUGUUCGGAAAGAUUUCUUUUUAAAGUCAUGGUGGACCGAAUGGAAUCGUACAGAUACUUUUUAUGUCAGCUCAUAACAUUCAUGUACAUUCCUCCGAUGUUUUGCAUUGUCAGCUACAAAGCGACACAUGAGAAUCUUUUAGAAGAUGAUAGAAUGGAAUUUCCAAAAAUUCACUUUUUGGUGAUGGGGCUAUUAGAUCUGCUUCAUGGUCUGAUGCUGUACAUUGCCGGUGGCCGAACAGAUCCGACUCAAACGCUUUUGUUUAUGCAAGCGUCGAUCCCGAUCUUAGCGUGUAUGUCGGCUACGUGCUUUGGCGUCAGAUAUACACGACUUCAAGUUAUUGGCAUGCUCGUUAUCUCGGGAGGACUUUGUCUCUCAUUAAUUUCUUGUUUUGAAGACAUUCAUAGUAAGGAAUUCGACGACCGGGAGAUCGGCUGGAACAGUCUUUUUUAUUUCUUUGCCGCCUUUCCGGGCUCAAUAUCGAUGUUAUAUAAGGAGCGUACGAUUCGGGAACAACCAGUGGACAUUUCGUAUUUAAACGCCUGGGUUUCAACAAAUCAGUUUGUUGCAGGAUUGCUGGCGGCUCCACUUGUCUUCGAUGCUCAAUUUCUCCAUCUAGACCAGUUAUCCAGCGGUUUCACCUGCUUGAUACAAGGCAAAAGUGAGAUUGAUACGGAUCACUGCUAUAUGGGAUUUCCAAUCUUACUUCUCUACGUUUUCAGCAAUAUUGCGGUCAAUCUCCUGUUGCUCCAGCUCAUCCGACUGACGAGCGUUUCAACCAUGUCCGGAUGCACGCUUGUGGGGUUUUUACUGUCAUUCGUGGUCCUUGCGUCGUACCAAGUUGACCCCGAUAAUUUUGGUAUCAUCAACCUUCACGAUGGCCUACGGAACUGGAUACCAGAAUCCAUAUUCGUUGAUGUCUUUGCGUUUAUGAUAAUAUUUGCCGGUAAAGUGCUGUAUCAAUGGGACCCGGAUCCAGCGGUGGAAGCAACAACUUUAUCAGCAGAAGACAAGGAGGCUAUGUCGUUACUAGACGGAGAAGGUGACUACGGGUUACGUUACACUUCAUUCAGAACUGUCGUCGAGUGUCAGGCAUCAUAA